AUGAAAAACACACUUAAUCAAGUACAAGCUAACUCAGCCACAUUUUCCAAUACAGGGACAGGCGAGAUGUCUCAAUCGCAACCUUACGGUGCUGCCAUUAUAAAUACAAACACAGAUGGAUCAACUGAAUUGUCAUCUAUUUCUCCCACAAAUGGAAACGUGGAGGCAAGCGAACUAUUCCAAUCGCUACCGUACGGUGUUGCCAUUACAAGUACAAACACAGAUGGAUCAUCUGAAUUGUCAUCUAUUUCUCCCACAAAUGGAAACGUGGAGGCAAGCGAACUAUCCCAGUCGCUACCGUACGGUGCUGCCAUUACAAAUACAAAUACAGAUGGAUCAACUGAAUUGUCAUCUAUUUCUCCCUCAAAUGGAAACAUGGAAGCAAGCGAACUAUCCCAAUCGCUACCGUACGGUGCUGCUAUUACAAAUACAAAUACAGAUGGAUCAACUGAAUUGUCAGCUAUUUCUGCCUCAAAUGGAAACAUGGAGGCAAGCGAAUUAUCUCAAUCAAUUCAAACCACCAUCGCCACUACAAAAUUUACGACGGAAUCUCAUGCUCCAGGUGAUACAUUUAUAGAUAUUCCAUUUAUGGAUAUGCUUAAUCUUGAUCUUUAA